CAGCCCUGGAGGCGGUGGCGUUCCCCCUCUCCACCUGCCCGAUAUGGAGGCCUCUGCCCCCUCCCUCCUCCUCCUCCUCCUCUUCCUCCUUCUCUUUGCGUCUUCUCUCUCGCGCCCUUCUUCGGCCCUCUCUUCUGACGCCGGAGCCGCCUCCACCGCGCGCCGCCAGCUCCUGGCCCUCAUCGAGAAUGGAAUCCUCCCCGACGACUUCGAGUUCCACAUCGAGAUCGGCGUCCGCAUCGCCAAUCCGCGCCUCCGCCGCGCCUACAUCGCCCUCCGAGCCUGGAGGAGCGCCAUCUACUCCGAUCCUUUCAACUACACCGGCAACUGGCAGGGCCCCGACGUGUGCGCCUACAACGGCGUCUUCUGCUCCCCAGCCCCCGACGAGCCUUCGCUCAACGUCGUCGCUGGCGUCGACCUUAACGGCGCCGAUAUUGCCGGCCACCUCCCCCCGGAGCUUGGCCUCCUGACCGACGCUGCGCUCUUCCACAUCAACUCCAACCGCUUCUGUGGCACCAUCCCCAAGAGCUUCUCCCGCCUCGUCAUCCUCCGCGAGCUCGACGCCAGCAACAACCGCUUCGUCGGCCCUUUCCCGCGCGUCGUUCUUGGCCUCCCCUCCCUCACAUACCUCGACCUUCGGUUCAAUGACUUCGAGGGUGCUCUGCCACCGGAGCUCUUCGACAAGGAGCUCGACGCCAUUUUCUUGAACGACAACCGCUUCAGCUCUGGCAUCCCUGACAACUUCGGCAACUCCAAGGCCUCCGUCGUCGUGCUCGCCAACAACAAGCUCGGCGGGUGCAUUCCGGCCAGCGUCGGAAACAUGGGAGCCACCCUCAACGAGCUCAUCCUUCUGAACAAUGGGCUCGUGGGGUGCUUGCCGCCGGAGAUGGGGAUGUUGGGCAACGCGACGGUGGUGGACGCCAGCUGGAACUCUCUCACCGGCGAGCUCUCUAAGAGCUUCCAGGGGCUGAGCAAGGUGGAGCAGUUGGAUCUGUCGCAUAACGUCCUCAUGGGUGUGCUUCCGGGGAGGCUCUGCCAAUUACCGAGCCUCGCCAACCUCACGGUCUCGUACAACUUCUUCACAGGCGAGGCCGAGGAGUGCGUGCCGUCAUCAACGAAGUUGGAGCUGGUGGUCGAUGACAGGAGCAAUUGCCUCGCGAAGAGACCGAGACAGAAGUCGAACAGGUUGUGUGCGCCGGUGGUGAGCCGCCCUGUCGAUUGUGGCCGCUUCAAAUGUGGAUCUUCUCCGAACAAACCCACUUCGUCUCCUGCGAAACCAUCUCCGAGGCAGAAGACAACAUCGCCGCCGCCGAAGUCGAAGCCACCUGUUCGUUCACCACCUCCGUUGGUCCACUCACUUCCACCGCCAACUCCAGUCUCCUCGCCGCCACCGCCGCAACAGAAAAAAUCUCCCGCCAGACCAGUGCAUUCAUCACCACCACCACCAUCGUCCUCGGAGUCACCGGUUAAGCGAGUUCGCUCCCCGCCACCCCCAGUCAAGACUCCAAAGUCGUCGCCACCACCAACGCAUUCACCACCUCCUUCAGUUCGCUCACCAUCUCCAAGUUCCUCACCACCACCUCCUCCAGUUCACUCAUCACCCCAUCCGAAUUCCUCACGGCCACCAUCACCAUCACCGCCUGUCUAUUCACCACCUCCACCGAUCCAUUCACCACUACCUCCGCUGAUUCAUUCACCACCGCCACCAACCCAUUCAGCACCUCCACCAUCCCAGCACUCUUCACUACCUCCGGUUUCCUCACCACCAUCUCCAGUCCAUUCACCACCACCAUCACCUCCAGCUGCAUCACCUCCGUCACCACCAGUGCACUCAUCACCUCCGCCACCACCGGCGCACUCACCACCACCACCAACUGCAUCACUUCCGCCACCACCAGUACACUCUCCAUCGCCACCACUAGCGCACUCACCACCGCUGCCACCGGCGCGCUCACCAUCGCCUCUGCCACCACUAAUGUACUCACCACCACCACCAGUACACUCUCCAUCGCCACCACUAGCGCACUCACCACCGCUGCCACCGGCGCGCUCACCAUCGCCUCUGCCACCACUAAUGUACUCACCACCACCACCAUCACCACCAGCUGCAUCACCUCCGUCACCAUCAGUGCACUCAUCACCUCCGCCACCACCAGCGCACUCACCACCACCACCAACUGCAUCACUUCCGCCACCACCAGUACACUCUCCAUCGCCACCACUAGCGCACUCACCACCGCCGCCACCGGCGCGCUCACCAUCGCCUCUGCCACCACUAAUGCACUCACCACCACCACCAUCACCACCAGCUGCAUCACCUCCGUCACCACCAGUGCACUCAUCACCUCCGCCACCACCAGCGCACUCACCACCACCACCAACUGCAUCACUUCCGCCACCACCAGUACACUCUCCAUCGCCACCACUAGCGCACUCACCACAGCCGCCACCGGCGCGCUCACCAUCGCCUCUGCCACCACUAAUGCACUCACCACCACCACCAACUGCAUCGCCUCCGCCACCGGCAGCGCACUCACCACCACCACCGACAAUUGCAUCGCCUCCGCCACCAGAAGCGCACUCAUCACCACCAGUAAUUGCAUCGCCUCUGCCACAACUAGUGCACUCACCACCACCAGUAAUUGCAUCGCCUCCGCCACCACUAGUGCGCUCACCGCAGCCACCAACUGCAUCGCCUCGGCCACCACCAGCGCACUCACCGCCGCCACCAACUGCUCCGCCUCCCCCACCACAAUUGCACUCACCAACACCACCAGCGCAUUCAUCACCGCCACCUGUUCGUUCACCACCGCCACCACUAGUGCACUCACCACCGCAACCAGUUGCAUCGCCUCCACCACCUCCAAUUACCUCGUCUCCACCACCACCACCAGCACACUCACCGCCAACUCCACCACAAGUGCACCCAUCGCCACCUCCAACCCCUUCACAACCCAAAGGCUUCUCCCCACCACCACCGAUCUCAUCUCCUCAUCAAGCUCCUCCGUCUCCACCACCAACACCUCCAACCGACAACGACGUCCUUCCACCAGUCGGCGGAUUGAGCUAUUCAUCGCCGCCGCCCCCCAUCUAUCCGGGAUACAAUUAGCCAUACCUCGAUAUCUUCUAGUGCACCCAUUUCUGUAGAGCAUAGCGGCGCAAAAGAGGAGGCGCGACAGGCAGCAGCAUGGAAACCAUCUCAUUGUC